AUGCACGAAGAAGAAGCCAUGAAUGAGGAGCAAAUAGAUGCCCGCUUGAGCACACUUCUAAGACCACUUCCAUCUUACACUAAGGACAAGAGUCUUCUUGAGCACUUCACCACGCACAAACUCACAGGACCAAAAAUUCAUUUUUUUACGUCGGAUAUUUAG